AUCACACACGCUUCGCUUAACUACGCCCAGCUAGUAACGUCUACAAACUAACCACUCUCCAUGCGUCAAUAGCCGACAUUUCACUACAAAACUGCUACAUGACUUCUGGAGACGACCGUAGUUCGGAGCUAACUUCCUCCAAGAGUUAUCAACCCUUUUCUUAGCCCGCUUUUCUUCCGGUAUCUUCGCCUUCGGUCUGUUUAUUCAUACACAACAGGAAUUGAACAAGUCACCAGAUGGCGCUAGAGUUGACAUACCUCCUCACCACUACCUACUCCUUCCUGCUGUCUCUCAUCAUAUUCCUGGUGGUCUCUCCCGCACUCCUGCCGCGACUCUUCAAACCUUACCCAUCUCUACCGGAAGUCAAGAAGCUGAUUGUCAGAGACGCUUUUCUGUCUUUCUGCAUGGCGACCACUGUGGGACUGAGGGCGUGGUACAUCUACCUCUUCUCCGACCAAAUACCUUAUGAUGUCAUCUGGCAUGACUCUCCUCUGGUGCGUCACACCCUGGCUAUCUACACUGGGUAUGUCACUGCUGCGCUGGUUCUUAUGUUAUCACACCACAUCGGCCAGAUGUCCUCCAUCCUGCACCAUUUCUUCUCCACUUACACCGGGUGUGUCGCCAUGUAUUAUCCUUGCCUGAUGUACUGUGCCAAUAUCGUGUUGAUGAUGGAACUAUCCAACCCUUUUGUCAACAUGAGGAUGAUGUUGAAAGUCGUUGGUUACGAGAAGACGACGGCGUACAUUUGGAACGGUCUCGCCAUGUUGGUCACGUUCUUUCUCGCGAGGUGUAUCUUCACCACGAUUGGCUCUCUGCGCUUCCUGCAUCUGGCCUUGGUUGACCCCCAGUUUUGGGACCUUCCACUCUGCAUACAUACUUGCGUCAUGAUGGAAACCUCGCGAGAGUUCAUCACCGCGGGAUGGUACGUGGAUGAUGACGUCAGAGCAACCAGGUUAGACAGCUAUGGAAUACCAUCCCAAGAUGUUCACUACCACUCUUCCAACUACAUCGCUAAGUUUGAAGACAUCAAAUUUGAGUCGAGUUUGACCAAUCAACGACUGCCACGGAAUGGUAUCGAUUACGCGUGCGCAGAACUGGGCCCACCCCUGUAUAGCUUCAUCAUGCGGUACGAGGAGGGAGUCAUGUACAGUCUGUACCCGUCUCCAGAGGGAGGGGUCACUUGUAAACAAAGCCGACUGGUCGGGAUGUUUCCGCAAAGUCCUCUUGUGACGAACAUUCAGUUCAUCGGAAAUGACGUCAUAAGUGGAGUCCGCGUUGGACAUUUCCGGAGCGAAUUCUUCCUCUUUGCCCUCGAUUAUUUCUUCCACAAUGCAACGGGUUUGCCGCGUGCUUUACUUGUCAACGCCGCAAACAACACUUUCCUGACGUUUGAUGCCGGGCAGGAGCCGGCAGAGGUGUUCCAGCCGCCACCAGGAGUCACGUGUCACAGUCCUUAG